AUGGAGCAGCGACAGAAAGCCAAUGGGACAGUAGCGACUGCGUGGAAUGAUAAAAGCGCGGGCGAGACGCUGGUCAAAUCGCAAGCGACCACAUCAACCUCCUGCACGACCAGCCACCCGGACUUCCAUUUGUCGGCGCCUGACAGCAAUAAUACUCGCCGUAUCGAGCCCGAGACCUACAAGUACCACUACAAAGUCACGCGAACCACGAAGCGUGUACUGCUCUGGGUGGUUCGCCAGUGCUUUCGCAACAAGCCUAGCCCCGCUGUAUCCCUAUCACUGGUCUACAAAAGCAAGCAUCUCAUCAACGUAUUCAGAGAGGCAAGAGCUGCGUAUCGCGAGCGUAAAGCAGAGAUCAAGGCUGUCCGCGAUGUCGACUACGAACAACGAAAAGCACAACGGGCUCUCAAAUCAAUGACACUCGAAGACGACGACGCAGUCUCACGAGCUCCUUCCAAAGCUUCACGCACACGUUCUCGGGCCGACUCGAAGGCAUCAGGGGUCCGACGUUCGAAAACACAUCACCAUCACACGCGAAAGCCGUCAGUGGAACGAGGCACACCGGACAACUUCUACGAGAAUGAUGGGAGAGACGAUAUACCGUUACGGAAACAACUGGCCCGGAGACACACAGAGGGGAUUAUAGUACCACCCAAGAAGGCUUCGCGCAGGUACUCCGAGGAUGAUAUCGAUAUGGAUCUAGCAUAUGGAGACCUGCCUCCACCACUGCCGGUUGCACGAAGAGUAGACGAGGACGAGCUGCGCGCUAAGGCGUCCAAGCUCACCAUGUUACUCGAUGAAGCAAACUGCUUACAAUACUCCGUGACGACUAUGAUAGAGAACCUGCAGACGAAUCCAGAUAAGCUAGCAGCUGUAGCUCUUACUCUGGCGGAGAUAAGCGGGCUUAUCAGUAAAUUGGCUCCAGGUGUGCUUGGUAGCCUCAAAGUCAGCUUUCCCGCCGUGGUAGCCCUUCUUGCUAGUCCGCAGUUUCUCAUUGCCGCCGGUGUGGGUGUCGGUCUCACUGUGGUGUCACUUGGUGGUUUCAAGGUCAUCAAGAAGAUUAAGGCUGAACAGGAAGUCGCCAGAGAGCUCGAGUCACCAUUAGAGCUUGACGAGCUCGAAGCACCGGAGCUCAGCCGUAUCGAAAUGUGGAGAAGAGGCAUCGCGGACGUAGAGGCCGAUAGUAAAGGUACAACUGUCGACGGCGAAUUCAUAACGCCUGGUGCAUCACGUCACCUGAUAGCCGAAGGUGUCCUGGAGGAGGAUCGGAAGUCCCGCAGAUCCAAGGCACCAAAAUCAGUACGAAGUGCAAAGACAUCGAAAACGUCUCGAACUGCAAAAUCAUCAAGAUCUACCCACUCAAAGAGCGGAGACUACCCUGGCGAGAAGAAAAGGACCAAAGUUAAACAACCUAGCGGUUUACGCCUGCUUUUUUCGUAACAGUAUGCAAUGUUGAUCACUAUUGGUCCGCGCCUGUGUCAUAUACAAGACGUGAUCAUGUACACUCGGAGCCGGGAAUCGGAGUUUGGGUAAACGGUGUUUAGAACCUGUUUCUUGUUCCUGUCCAAACGGCAUAUGUUGUAUUUUGUAUCUGUGCCCAUAACAGCAUGUCGAUUCCGAGGACUCACUCUCAAUGUUAGAUGCCGAUAGAAGCACGAUACGUAUCGAUCAGGAUUACAUGAGACCAAGAUGAAUCUGCGC